CUUACAAUGAAUGCUUCUUUGGGACUCACGAGGAAUACUGAUUUUUUUACGUCUGCUAGAGCCGCCCAGACAAAUCGAGCUGAGCCGUUUUUGGGUCACUACCCUCUGGAGUGUCUCAAAAUGGUGCAAAAUUUUAGAUUUUUCGCAAAAAACAAAAAAUCGGGUUCAAAUCAGAAAAGAAAUAGCGAACAAUCUAAAAAUCUCAAUGGGGUGUCUAGAAACCCCUUACAAAUCCAUGAAUGUUGCCAAUUUUUUGUCUGGUCCACUAGGUACUUCCAAAAUUUUUAAUGAAUGCAGAAAUGUACUACGAAUACUUAUUUGUCCGGUUGUACCCAUAAUCGUCGCAUCGCUAGACUAUUUGUGGUAUUGUUAAAAGAUGUACCGGCUUCCGCUAGGAUACGUCUUUCUUUAUAAAUUUGUCCAUCUUUGUCGUAGUUCGUAUAUAAACUAUUGACUUUAGUGAGGUGUCACAUAGAGUCGGGUGAUUUUGUAGAAAAUAGGUGCGAAAAGACUCAACAUGAAGUUCCUCAGUGUCGUGCCUAUUUUGUUUUGCGUGGUGAAUUGCGCCCCUAAACUUAGAAUCGUCCCUAGUCAGGCACCCCCUCAACUUCUCACCCUGCCCAGCAACGCCACGAGCAUUCGGCUCGACAUCAGCGACUCCUUCAGCUGCGAUGGCCGCGCUUACGGCUACUACGCGGACGUGGAGAACGACUGCCAAAUCUUCCACGUGUGUCUCCCGAUCACCUACUCCGACGGCCACAACCAGACCUUCAGGUGGAGCUUCAUCUGUCCGGAGGACACCGUCUUCAAUCAGGAAAUCUUCACCUGUACCAGGUCAGACGAGGCGAUGGAUUGCGCCGAUUCGCCGCGGUAUUACGGCCUGAACACCAACUUCGGCGAAGAGCUGGAGGGCGACCUGGAGGACGCCACGGCGGUGCCCCAGGAAGCGCCGCAGGCGCUGUCCCGGAGGGGGCCCUACAAGAGCUAGAUGGUCGGGGUGGCGGUGGCGGUUGGGGCAUGGGGGCACCUCGGGGUCUUGCCGGGUUUUGCAAUUUUGUACGAUUAAAGACAAUAAACUGUUACACAAU